AUGGUUGCGUUCAGCAAGAUCACCAUCGGCCUGGCUGGCUUGGCCUCUAUUGCCUCAGCUGCUCCGGCUCCCGGUGCGGUGAACGGCAAGUUCUCCGUGAACCAGGUCCCUCGCCCGGCUACCAAGGCCAGCAACUUUGCUGCCUCCUAUGGUCGUGCCCUGUCCAAGUUUGGGGCCACUGUGCCAUCUCACGUUGCGGCUGCUGCUGUGCAGAGUGGUGCUGCUGUCACCACGCCCACUCAGUACGAUGAGGAGUACCUGACUCCCGUCACCAUCGGCCAGAGCACCCUGAAUCUGGACUUUGAUACCGGUUCUGCCGACCUUUGGGUCUUCUCUACCGAGCUGCCAUCCUCUGAGCGUACUGGACACUCCGUCUACAACCCAAGCACCAGCGGCACCAAGCUGAACGGCUACACCUGGUCUAUCUCCUAUGGCGAUGGCAGCAGCGCCAGUGGUGAUGUCUACCGCGACACUGUCACCGUUGGUGGCGUCAAGGCCACCGGCCAGGCUGUCGAGGCUGCCAAGUCCAUCAGUUCUCAGUUCCAGCAGGACGUCAACAACGACGGUCUCCUCGGUCUCGCUUUCAGCAGCAUCAACACUGUCUCCCCCCGUGCUCAGACCACCUUCUUCGACACCGUCAAGAGCACCCUUGCUCAGCCCGUCUUUGCUGUCGCGCUGAAGCACCAGCAGCCUGGUGUCUAUGACUUUGGUUUUAUCGAUUCCUCCAAGUACAAGGGCUCUCUGACCUACACCAACGUUGACAGCUCUCAGGGCUUCUGGAGCUUCAGGGUCUCCAGCUACAAGGCCGGUUCCCGUACCGGGUCUGGCUUCAGCGGUAUUGCUGACACCGGUACCACUCUGCUGCUGCUGCCCAGCUCUGUCGUUAGCCAGUACUACUCUCAAGUCAGCGGCGCUCAGAACAGCCAGUAUGCUGGUGGAUACAUCUUCCCUUGCUCCGCCACUCUUCCCGAUUUCAGCGUGGUCAUCAACGGAUACACGGCUACUGUUCCCGGCUCCUUGAUCAACUACGGACCCUCUGGGGUUGGCUCCACCUGCUUGGGUGGGAUCCAGUCCAACUCUGGCAUCGGUUUCUCUAUCUUCGGUGACAUCUUCCUGAAGAGCCAGUAUGUCGUCUUCGACUCUACCGGUCCCCGUCUUGGCUUCGCUGCCCAGGCUUAG